GAGCGAGAGGGAGAGAGAUUGAGAUGGCGGCGCUUGGACCUGUGUUAAGCAAGCAAUUCUGCUCAAUCUCUCAGACGACCUUCUCAGUGAGGAAGAGGCCUCGCGCCGUUCAGGGGGGUGGGUUCGUUGUCACGAAUUGCAGCGGCCUAGACCUUGCUUUCAGAACGGAGGCAUGUGCGGGGCUCGGCGUCAAAGGGGAGUUGGUCCUCAGGGACUCCAACGGCAUAGCGUUGUUCCUCGUACGCAAGAAGGCAGUAAGCUUUCACAGACAGUGGAGGGCAUACUCCUUGGACUACGAGGGAACAGAAAAGCUGAUAUUUUGUGUGAAGGAGCCACUCUUAUGCUUUGCCAAGAAAUGCUCACUCAAAGUGCAGUUGGCAGCAAGUUCAUUCAACUCCUGGGAUUUUGAGAUUAAUGGUUCCUUCAUUGACAGACAGUGCACCAUAACAGACCACAGGGGAAAGUUGGUAGCAGAGAUAAGAGCGCAGAACAAGGCUGGCACACUAGUGAGCAAGGAUCUGUACUACGUGAUCGUCCAGCCCGGUUUCGAUCAGGCCUUUGUCUUUGGCAUCAUCGCCAUCCUUGACAACAUUUACGAAGGCUCAACAGCCUACUGAUUAGUGGAUGAUCCCAUGCUUACAUCAAGUCUAUGUUUGGAUAUUGCGUAGAAAUUAAAACCUCCAACUUCAGGAAGUUGGUCAUCAUCGAAGGUCCAAGAAGGGAAACUAAGAUGUAUAUAUUCUGCUACACUGGCCCUGAUCAUAAAGCCGACAAGCUGAGUGAUCCCCACGUUAUAGUUAGCUCAUUUUAUUUGGAACCAUUCCGUAUUAUAUUCUCUGCUUCAUGUGAAAGUUUUCUGUAUGUCCUCAUCCCCAUUAUAGGCUUCUUCCUGUUUCCUUAUGUGUCCGUCUUCAACUCGUCCUUUUCGUCUCACACGUCUCUAUAUUCCUCCUUUAUGAUUGGAAACCUAAUCUGGUUCACUGUUUGAUGCCGUGUACAAAUGGGUAGCUGUGAAGAUUCGGUUCCAUCACUUCCUGUGAUGGAUACGGGUCGUGUGUUAGCGUAUGUAGUUGUGUUUAAGUCUGAUCAUUGGGUACACACUUACUGAUACUUAUGUGUUAAUCUAUUGUUUAUUAAUGAAAAACAUG